AACCUGGGCCGCGAGCUCUAUUUCUACCCGGGCUGCUGCCGCCGCGGGAGCCAACGGUCCAUCGACCUCAACAAGCCAAUUGACAAGCGGAUCUAUAAGGGCACCCAGCCCACCUGCCAUGACUUCAACCAGUUCACUGCUGCCACAGAGACCAUCUCCCUGCUGGUGGGGUUCUCGGCCGGCCAGGUGCAGUACCUGGACCUCAUCAAGAAGGACACCAGCAAGCUAUUCAAUGAAGAGCGGCUGAUUGACAAGACCAAGGUGACAUACCUGAAGUGGCUGCCUGAGUCGGAGAGCCUGUUUCUGGCAUCGCACGCCAGCGGCCACCUGUACCUGUACAAUGUCAGCCACCCGUGUGCGUCGGCACCCCCCCAGUACAGCCUGCUGAAGCAGGGGGAGGGCUUCGCCGUCUACGCUGCCAAGAGCAAGGCGCCCCGCAACCCGCUGGCCAAGUGGGCAGUGGGCGAGGGGCCCCUCAAUGAGUUUGCCUUCUCGCCCGACGGCCGGCACCUGGCCUGUGUCAGCCAAGACGGCUGCCUGCGCGUCUUUCACUUUGACUCCAUGCUCCUGCGGGGGCUCAUGAAGAGCUACUUUGGGGGCUUACUCUGCGUGUGCUGGAGCCCCGAUGGGCGCUAUGUUGUGACGGGUGGUGAAGAUGACCUGGUCACCGUGUGGUCCUUCACCGAGGGCCGCGUGGUGGCCCGCGGCCAUGGCCACAAGUCUUGGGUCAAUGCUGUGGCCUUCGACCCCUACACCACAAGGGCCGAGGAGGCGGCGGCAGCCAGUGGUGAUGCGGAACGGAGUGUCGAGGAGGAGGAGGAGCCCGAGGUGGCCGGCCCGGGCUCGAAUGGGGGAGACCCGCUCUCCCCAAUGCCCAAGGCCGGCUCCAUCACUUACCGCUUCGGCUCGGCCGGCCAGGACACGCAGUUUUGCCUGUGGGACCUCACCGAAGACCGCUCCAACAGCCUCCCACACCCAGCGGGCAGUGGCAAGGCGGGUGGCCCAGGCACAGUGACGGAGCCGGGCACUCCAUUUAGCAUCGGCCGCUUUGCCACGCUCACGCUGCAGGAACGGAGGGACCGGGGGGCGGAGAAGGAGCACAAGCGCUACCACAGCCUGGGCAACAUCAGCCGGGGGGGUGGCGGGGGUGGCAGCAGCGGGGACAAGCCCAGUGGCCCUGUUCCCCACAGCCGUCUGGACCCAGCCAAGGUGCUGGGUACGGCGUUGUGCCCACGCAUCCACGAGGUGCCCCUGCUCGAGCCCCUGGUGUGCAAGAAGAUUGCCCAGGAGCGGCUGACGGUCCUCCUGUUCCUGGAGGACUGCAUCAUCACCGCCUGCCAGGAGGGCCUCAUCUGCACCUGGGCCCGGCCGGGCAAGGCGUUCACAGACGAGCCCAAGGCCCAGACAGGGGAAGGAAGUUGGCCCAGGUCACCCAGCAAGUCAGUGGUAGAGGGCAUCUCCUCCCAACCAGGCAACUCCCCGAGCGGCACAGUGGUGUGAAGCCCUGGAUGCUGGGUUCCCUGCCCUGCCUCGCCUCCCAGCCAUCACCCUUCCGCUGACCUCACAGAUCACCCUGUUAACAAGACUAACCAUGACGGAUGGACUGCUCUGGUCCCCCGCCCUGCACAAUCUGGGGGGCAGAGAGUCCCCCCGGACUGGCCUCGACCCUGGGGGGAUGUAGUGGCUCAUUGUGGCCUCAGCCUUGUCCCCACCCACUGCCAAGUACAAUGACCCCUUCCUUCCGCUGAAACAUCAGUGUUAGCCUCAUCCCUGUCCCCAGCAUGUGACUGGUCAUGGGCGGGGGAGGGAGGAGCUCCCCACCCACAAGAGCCCAGCUCCGCAGUGUGCCCCUCAGUCUGCGGGCCCAAACCCCACCUCCCCUGCUGGUGUUCGUGCUUUUGAAAAGUGUUAAGUUAUGGAAGCCCCUUGGGGCCCUUCCUGUCCCCAGCACCUCUUAUUUAUACUAAAGUUCCCUGUUUUCACAGCG